AUGGCAGGAACCACAAACCUCUCUUCGUCUUCUUCCUAUGUAGAGUUUACGCUGCUGGGAUUCCCUGGAUUCCAUAACCUCAGGCGUAUUUUAUUCAUCCCGUUCUUAUUUGUCUAUGUUGUGAUUCUGGGAACCAACAGUUUGAUCAUUCACAUUGUCAGGACAGAGACCUCCCUACACUUUCCUAUGUACAUACUUAUGGCUAUGCUUUCUGCAGUUAACAUUUGUGGAACCACCACAGUUGUCCCCAAGAUGCUUCUUAGCUUCCUGAUUGACCUGAAUCGCAUUUCUCUUGAAGGGUGUUUAGUGCAGAUGUUCUUCAUCUAUUUUAUCAUCAUGAUGGACUGUAAUAUUCUCCUAAUGAUGUCUCUGGAUCGGUUUGUUGCUAUCUGUAGGCCCUUGCAUUAUGCCAGAAUCAUUAACAAGCACAAUCUACUUCAGCUGACCCUUGCUUCACUUGUACGUAGCAUAUCAUUUGUCAGCCCUGUUAUUUAUCUGGCUUCCAGGGUGCAGUUCUGUAAGUCUGACACAAUACGUCAUUUUGCCUGCGAACACAUGGCGCUCCUGAGCUUAGCGUGUGGAAAUAUCACAAAGAAUAAGAUAGUGGGGUUGAUACUAAGAGUUACCAGUAUUGUCUUUGACAUGUGCUUCCUCUGCACCUCAUACGGCAGCAUUAUGAGAGCGGCUCUAAAGAUCUCUCCUGGGGCCUUGAGACAUAAGUCCCUGCACACCUGUGGGACACACAUUCUUGUCAUUUCCAUUGUCUAUUUUUUCAGCCUAUCCUCAUCUAUUGUCUAUAGGGUAUCCAGGUCUGUGACACAGGAUACACACAACCUGUUAAGUGCCAUCUACUUGCUUUUUCCUGCCCUGGCCAAUCCUCUCAUUUAUGGGUUAAGGACGAAAGAAAUUCAGCAUCGUUUGUUUAAAUCAUUUGGCCGUAAUAUUAUAUCCAAUGGCCAAGUAAGACAAUAA